AUGUACGGAAAGAUUGUUCGUGUUGGUGUCAAGUACUAUGUUGUACCACUUCUCCAGGACCAGGGCGGUGGGUUAGACCUAGCUUCCACUGGUAGUCAGAGUUGCCCGGCUAGUGUGGUUCAAGAUGAUGCUUACUGGUGGGGAAACACAAUGCAGUUCUACCCAGUUGAUCCGAAAAAAGGUGUGGUUCGUGAAUGGAGUGACCUCAACAUUGAAUUCCCAGACGCAUACACAGGAUGUCCAGAGAAUAAUGUUUGGACGAUAGUUGGGGAUCUGUCGGUGUAUGAUGAUUCUCAUUACAUAACAGCAGGUGGAGAAAAAGGAAAUCCUGGUUCACAAACUAUAAACAACUGGUUCAAGAUUGUAAAAACAACAAAUGCAUACAAGCUCAUGUAUUGUCCAGAUGUGUGCUAUUACUGCUCAUACUACUGCCGUGAUGUUGGCAUUUCGGUGGAAGCUGGACAAAGGCGUUUGGUUCUUAGCGAUACCCCUCUUGAAAUCAACUUUAGGAAGGCCUAA